AUGGCGUCUCGAGUACACCGAAGGCAAAAGCUAGAUAGGGUGACCAAUGCGUGUGAACGAUGCAAGAAAAGGAAGGUCAAAUGUUCAGGAAAUAGCCCUUGCGAGACUUGUACUUCUCGUGGGGCGACAUGCAUUUUUCAAAAAGCGGAGAAGAAAGUAAUCGUAUCUGAAAGAUAUCUGCGCCACCUACAGGAAUGCUAUACCAGGACAGAGGCAGCUCACAAAGAGCGUGAAACCUCGUGCACGGAUAAUCGUUCGUCACCAACUACAAGGGAAGUGGCAUCACCUAAUAUAAGGCUGAAUGAAGUGGUCGGAGAAGGCCCUAUAAUGAACCCUUUGGUGUCUUCAACUUCAUUCUACCUGAGAGACACCAUUGGACAUUAUAGGUUUUGCGGCCCGUCAUCGACCUGGUCAUUCUCGCAGCGUGUGUUUCUUAUGCUCAAGGCACAUGAGCCCAACUUCCUGUCCCCUGAGCUACCAUUUCAUGUGGAUGGUAGCAUUUGGGAGCUGAGAUGGACCCGGACCACCCUCGACGACAGUUCAAUGUUUGAAGGACUUCCCUCUCUUAAUGACAUGCUUUAUCUCCUUACUGUUGUCAAACAUCAUUCAUGUGAGAUGCUAUUCCUUGUGGACGAGCAGGAAUUCAUGCCUCGUCUUCAUGAGUUCUAUGAAAAGGGGAUAGAGACGGCUAAACGGAACCUUCUCUGGUUCGUACAGUACCUACUUAUUGUUGCACUAGCCAAGGGCCUUCUAGCCGUCUCUAAAAGCCCAGGCACACCUCCUGGUUCUCCAUUCUUCGAGCGCGCUAUGUCUCUGAUGCCUGAAUUUGUUCCCUUACAACGGCAUCCGAACCUCGCAAUGCAGGUCCUAAUUUUGACUUGUUUAUACCUGGUAUUGGUGGACAUGAAAGGUGCCGCAUAUUCCUACAUAGGCCAGGCGAUACGAAUGUGCAUCAUUGAAGGACUGCAUAGGGAGCCGCCAGUGGAAAUAUUCGGCAGCCAAUUUGGUAAUCAAUGUCGGAACAUAUGGUGGACGGCAUACAUCUUGGAUCGCCAGCUUUCGGCAAUGGUUGGUGCUCCCACUUCGAUACAGGAUGCCGAGAUUACGAGUUCUCUACCUAUAUUGUACGACAACUCCGAGAGUGCUAAAGUAUUAACGGCUCAUGUUAAACUGUCGCGUGUGGUCGGUGAUGUGUUGGGCUCCGUCUACACCGCAGAUAUCGGACGCAGACGAUCAUUUAUAAGCACGAUCCAGUCAGUAUUGCGUGAUAUGGCGGGAAUCCUUCGUGACAUAGAAGACAUUUCUGCUAUGAAUGCUCAUCAGUCCCUUCGUACCGUUUCGGCAGUGACUAGCAACCUCGCUUUGACCUAUCAUCAGUGUAUUGUAUUAGCAACGAGGCCCCUGUUCUUCUAUUUUCUGGUUGGCAGAUUGAAGAAACGCGGCUCUCACUGUGAACGAAAUAGACCUUUAGUUUCGCCACAGUUGAAACCGCUUUUGGAAACCUCUCUGCAGUCUGCCAAUUUCUCUUUGAGAACAUCAACGUUACUUCAUGAACAAUCUCUCUUGGAAUCUCUUCUUCCUCUCAAUCUUGACAACAUAUUCUCCUCCGCGUUCAUUAUUAUCGUCGCCUCUUUUAUCGACCCAUUAUUGGUUCCAGACAUGCCAACCUACGUGACUGCAGCCUCAAAAAUACUAGAUAAACUUGUCUCGAAAGGGAAUCUAGCGGCCCAUUCACGGAGACUGGAGUUAGAUCUCUUGCUGCAAAUGACACAGCACAUUGCACACUCUGAGGGGGCAGGUAAAGAAGAUGGAAGAAAUAACAUUAGAGGUGAAGCAGUCCAGUGGGGACAGGAAGAAACACUCCGCCCCGGGUAUGCGGAUCAGCUGAGCACUGAAGUGGAUGCGCAGGGCAUGACACAUAUGGAGAUACUCAAUCUGGCUGAACAGUUAGAUACAAUCGGUGACAGUGCAUGGGGUGAUGAUUUCGAAUUCGAGUAUAGCAAUAUAUGGGUAUGA